AACAAACACACACUUGUUGUUCCACCUGCAACAACGUGGCGCUAUCAAAUACGGGACAAUUUUAACAAGAACAUAUUUCUCACCCAAUCUUCACCAUUGACGUGUACUUGACUAAUGAAAACGACGUAAGCAGCAAUCAGCUGUCUUUUAACUGAAAUAGAUUCCUACAUCACGGAAGAAACAUUGAGAUAACGGGAAACAGAUGAUGUAGAACAGAUUCUACUGAGAUCUUCUUGUUGCAAUCGUCCUUCUAUUUUGUUGUUGACACCGGUGAGUUCCACAUCAACACACACGUGUACGUCAGUCCAUCUGGACACACAUUUCGUCAGAUAUUCUUCUGUGAUCAAUAACUUGUGUGGCACUAAGAUGGCAUCAGGCAGUCGGAAGAGAACAAGAAAUGGGGACACAACCUCAACCUCUCCAACGAUUAAUGGAGAAUCUCUGCGGAGACCGGUUGUAGGCGUGGGACCAGCACCCUUCUCCGAGAUGGAAGCUGCUGUACUGGAGAACGAACGUACCGAUUACAGUGUAAAGAUCUCUCUGGAGAUGGCCAAAGCUGGGACAGCUUCGAGAUCUGUGCGUGUGUACGCUGACGGGAUCUAUGACAUGUUUCACUCCGGACAUGCUAGGCAACUUAUGCAGGCAAAAAUGGCUUUCCCCAAUACAUAUCUUAUUGUUGGAGUGUGUAGUGAUAAACUCACCAACAAGAAGAAAGGCCGGACAGUGAUGAAUGAGGCAGAGCGAUAUGAAGCAUUGCGUCACUGUCGCUACGUGGAUGAAGUCAUCAAGGCCGCACCGUGGUCGAUCAGUGAUGAAUACCUAGAAAAACACAAAAUUGACUUUGUUGCCCAUGAUGAUUUACCGUAUGUAUCCAGUGAUUCAGACGAUAUAUACAAGCAUCUUAAAGACAGAGACAUGUUUCUGGCAACUCAACGAACUGAAGGAAUAUCAACAACGGACAUCAUUGCCAGAAUUAUAAAGGACUAUGACAUGUAUGUACGGAGGAAUUUGACGCGAGGAUACAGCGCGAAGGAACUUAAUGUCAGCUUUAUGAAGGAGAAAAAAAUCCAGUUUGAGGAAAAUCUUAGUAAGAUGAAGGACAAAAGUCGAGAAUUGAUGGACAAAAUUAAAGACACAAAGGACAAAGGGAAUGAAAUGAUUCAUCGCUGGGAGGAAAAGUCUCGAGAGUUCAUCACCAACUUCCUUGAUAUGUUUGGAAGUGAAGGAAGAUUUACAAAUUGGAUACAAGAAGGUCGCGCUAGACUGGAGCAAGCAAUUUCUCCUGUUAACAGCGAUGAUGAAGAUGAGGACAGUACAGAUGGCAGAGAUUCUGCAGAACCAGAUCGAAGCGCUGCUGGAAGUCCAGACUCUGCAACGAAAAGUCCGCCUACCAAGCGUGGCCGCAUUUCUCCUAGCCUUAUUGGUGCUACGUCGCGAGGACACGAUAAACAGGAUUAUCUGGAUCUAGAGCUGGAGGAUGAAGCCAGUUGAAUGUUGUUUCUGUCCUGGAUCUUUUCAUCAUUGUACUGCCAUUUUGUAUAUUUUGUGUAUCAGUUGUGUAGAUCUGUGGCUUAGAGAAUGUGGACAUGAUCACACAAAAACAUGAAAAACAUUGGAGAUGAGAUUGGAAGUGUGAUUUCAUACACUAUUUAGAAUUGAAAAUCAGAUAAGAUAUGGCAGUGUAACACAUUAGAGAAUCUAUCAAAAGAGAAAUGACAAUUGAAACGUUGAUUAGCAUGAAAUAUUAACCGUUAAGAAAAAAAAAUUUCUAUUGAAAAAAUUAUGAACUUUAUUUAUUUUACAACAAUUGUGAACAGGUUAUGUUAACUUGUAUACUGGUGUAGUCCUUGAUUGAAGCAUGUUGGAAAUUCAGUUAUGGAAGUUAAUUAGACCUGGUGAAAACUCAUGUGAUCGGACCAUUGAAUCCAGUACCUUAUAACAUCCAAUCAGCAACUAUUGAUAGCAUACUUAAUUAACUGACGUCUCAGUCACGUAGAUUUCUUCAAAGCUACACUUUUAGAGCAGUGGUUGUACUUAUUUGGGUUAACGGGGACUGUUAUUACGGGUGUUUGAGAUGUCACUACCUGUGAUAAGUAUAGCCUCCAACAGAUAUAUAGAACACUUUUAUAACAUUUCAAUCCAUCUCUCCAGCAUUCAUAAAUUAUUAAAUUUUCUAUUACUAACUCUACUAGACCAACUAUAGAUA